UAUUAUUUUAGUUCCAAAAGAAGUUUAUGUCGUUAACUGCAUGCUCAAGAGUUCUACGGUUGAUUACUUUGUGGGUUGGUGAGAGCCUCUGAUGAUGACGAUGACGAUGAUGAUGAUGCUUCUGUGCUUGUUUAGUUGAUUUGUUCGUGUUUUUGCAUCUGGGGUCAUCGUUUUCUGUAUUCUAUUGAAUUUGCUUUCUGGGUACGCUGCAAACUGAGGCAUUGAGCUCAUUGAGAUAAUCUGAGCUGAAAAGUUCGGCUUUUUUUUUUUCUUCAUGAACAAACCCAAUUGCAUCAUGGAAUGCUAACAAGGCUGGUCAAUGAGGGACUCAUAAUGAGUGGACUCGGGUUGAAUCUUAGUCAAUGGGCACCCCUGAGAAGAAAAUAUCUGACCUUGUUGAUGUAGUUAAGUCCUGGAUCCCUCGAAGGGUUGAGCCACCAAAUGUGUCGAGGGACUUCUGGAUGCCUGAUCAGAGUUGUAGGGUAUGCUAUGAGUGUGAUUCACAGUUCACAGUAUUCAACCGUAGGCAUCAUUGUCGAAUCUGUGGUCGAGUGUUCUGUGCAAAGUGCACUGCCAAUUCUGUUCCUGCACGAUCUGAUGAGCCAAAUACUGGUCGUGAAGAUUGGGAGAGGAUUAGGGUCUGUAACUAUUGCUUUAAACAAUGGGAGCAAAGUGUAGCAACAGUUGAUAAUGGCACUCUUUUGGCUACUGCUUGUCUCAGCCCUUCACCAUCUAUGACAAGCUUGGUCAGCUCUAAAUCCAGUUGCACCUGUCAUAGUAGCAGCAGCACUGCUGGUUCAGUUCAUUACUCAACUGGACCUUAUCAGCAUGUGCCUUAUAGUCCACAUCAAUCUUCCCAAAUGGAUCUGAUAGCAGAUGAGCAAGAAAAUUUGAAUUCUGGGAGGAGUACAAUUCCCUCUGUGGCUGUAGGGGAUUUGGCUUCUAACCAAUUUGGUUAUUGCUUCAACAGGAGUGAUGAUGAGGAUGAUGAUUAUGGUGUUUAUCAUUCUGAUACAGAAUCAAGGCAUUACUCUCAUGCCACUGGCUUUGAUGAUCCAGUCAACAUUCAUGGGAUUGACCAUGUCUAUGGAGGACCACAUGAAAUGCAUCCUGAUGGAGAUAAUAUUCAGGAAAAAAGUUUGAGUUGCUUAAUACCACCACAGAAUCUUGAUGUAGAAAAUGUAGAUGGAAUUCAAGCACCUGGAAAAGAAGCUGACGAGCAUGAUCAUGCUGAUGGGUGUGAAACUUCUCCAUAUCAUGAGGAGAGUAAUAAUGCUGAACCUGUGGAUUUUGAGAAUAAUGAUUUACUGUGGCUACCUCCUGAGCCAGAAGAUGAAGAGGAUGACAGAGAAGCUGUUCUUUUUGAUGAUGACGAAGAUGAAGGUACUAAUGGAGAAUGGGGAUAUCUGCGAUCCUCCACUAGCUUUGGCUCUGGAGAAUUCCGUAGUAGAGAUAAAUCAAGUGAGGAGCAUAGGAAGACCAUGAAGAAUGUAGUGGAAGGGCAUUUUAGAGCUCUGGUAGCUCAGCUUUUACUGGUAGAAAACCUAACUAUUUGUGAUGAAGAUAGCAGAGAGAGUUGGUUGGAUACAAUUACCGCUUUAUCUUGGGAAGCUGCUACACUUCUGAAGCCUGACAUGAGCAGGGGUGGAGGUAUGGAUCCUGGUGGAUAUGUAAAGGUUAAAUGCAUAGCCUGUGGGCAUCGAAAUGAAAGCAUGGUGGUUAAAGGAGUUGUUUGUAAGAAGAAUGUGGCUCAUCGGCGAAUGACAUCGAAAAUUGAUAAACCACGUUUUCUAAUACUUGGAGGUGCCUUGGAGUAUCAGCGUGUUUGUAACCAGUUAUCGAGUGUUGAUACUUUGUUGCAGCAGGAGAUGGACCAUCUGAAGAUGGCAGUUGCAAAAAUUGAUGCUCAUCACCCGAGUGUUCUUUUGGUAGAGAAGUCAGUAUCCCGUUAUGCUCAAGAAUACCUUCUUGCUAAAGACAUUUCACUUGUUCUGAAUAUUAAAAAGCCGCUUUUAGAGCGUAUUGCCCGUUGUACUGGGGCACAGAUUGUCCCUUCGAUUGAUCAUCUGACCUCCCCAAAGCUGGGGUACUGUGAAACAUUCCAUGUUGACAAAUUUUUUGAGGAGCAUGGUAGUGCUGGGCAAGUUGGGAAAAAAUCAACGAAGACUUUGAUGUUCUUUGAGGGCUGCCCAAAACCUUUGGGUUGCACUAUCUUGCUCAAGGGUGCCAAUGGGGAUGAGUUGAAGAAGGUGAAACAUGUGAUCCAAUAUGGAGUCUUUGCAGCCUAUCAUCUGGCAUUGGAGACAUCUUUUCUAGCUGAUGAAGGCGCUUCACCUCUGGAGUUUCCCUUGAAAUCUCCCAUAACUGUUGCAUUACCUGAUAACCCGUCUGCUAUUGUAAGAUCCAUUUCCACUAUCCCAGGAUUUUCUGUUUUCACUGGUAGAGAGCAUCAGGGAGCUCAACCUAUUAAAGAAGUAUCAAAACCCAGUGACAGCCACAAGACAGAAAGAACGCCAUCUAGCUGCAGUGGGACCAUUGAAAGAUCACUGGUGGGUGACUUGAUGGACAUGCAUGAAGGCUCUGGAUACGUCAUCCAACCAGCUCAGGAUAUGCCAUCUUUCCACUACAAUAGUUUCGUCCCUAAUACUGCUUAUGAGGAGGGUGAAAAGAAAUGUUCUAAGGAAUUUUUCCAAUACAGACAAGAUGAGAGGAGGGAAACUAUAUUGAGCAAUGAUCUUAUUUCAGAUUCUUUAGGAACAUUCGAGCCUUCAGAGCAAGAUGGCAAUAACCACAUCAGGGCUGCAGCAUUGGCUGCAAAUCUGGGACCUAACCCUGAGUCACCUAAUGUAAAACAUGAUGAUAACAAUAAUGAUAAUAAUCAUGAUGACGUGAUACAUUCCAAAGAAGAUUUUCCUCCCUCAACUUCUGACCAUCAGAGUAUUUUGGUUUUUUUAUCAACACGUUGUGUGUGGAAAGGAACUGUUUGUGAAAGGUCCCAUCUUGUGCGAAUAAAGUACUAUGGAAGCUCUGAUAAGCCUUUGGGACGAUUUUUGAGAGAUCAACUAUUUGAUCAGAGUUACACUUGCCACUCAUGUGAGAUGCCAUCAGAAGCUCAUGUUCGUUGUUAUACUCACCGGCAAGGGAGCCUGACAAUUUCUGUUAAGAAACUAUUGGAGUUUCCUUUGCCAGGGGAACGGGAAGGUAAAAUCUGGAUGUGGCACAGGUGCCUGAAAUGUCCUCGUGUAAAUGGUUUUCCUCCUGCUACACAGAGGGUAGUUAUGUCUGAUGCCGCCUGGGGCUUAUCCUUUGGGAAGUUUUUGGAGCUGAGUUUUUCAAAUCAUGCAGCAGCAAGCAGGGUUGCAAGCUGUGGUCAUUCUCUCCACAGAGACUGUUUAAGAUUCUAUGGUUUUGGGAAGAUGGUUGCCUGCUUUCACUAUGCUUCAAUUGACCUUCAUUCUGUUUAUCUUCCCCCACCUAAACUUGAAUUCAACUAUGAUAGUCAGGACUGGCUACAGAAAGAAGAAAAUGAGGUGCAUAACAGGGCUGAAAUACUGUUUAGUGAAGUGUGCAACGCUCUACAUCAAAUUUCAGCGAAGAUAUCAGGUCCGGUGCUGCAGGAGGGUGGAAAUUCAUUAUCAGAUUUUAGGCAUCUAAUUGCUGAACUUAUAAGGAUGCUGCAGAAAGAGAAAGAAGAAUUUGAGGACUUGUUACAAAAGUUGCUGCGUAAAGAGGCCAAAGCUGGUCUGCCUGGGGUUGAUAUUCUAGAGCUCAAUAAAUUGAACAGGCAUAUGCUUAUCCUUUCUUAUGUUUGGGACCAGCGCCUGAUAUAUGCUUCCAAUCUAAGUAAAAUUACUCUUAAAGAAGAUUUGAGGAACUCCUCUCAGAGAGAGAAGUUGGUUGGUUCUAGGGAAAAGAUUGUUGAGGCAGAUUUGGCCACUAGGCCAGCAAGAGGCCAUAGCAGUUUUGAUUCCUUUUUUUCAGAAACAAAAACCGAUGGAAGCCUUGAUUUAGAAGACACUAGCCACCUUAGCCAGCCUAGUGAAGUGAUUAAAGGUGAGGACAAGGGUAAAGACACAAGUCAUGAUAAGGUUGAUCUUUCUCUCUCUGGUGGUGCUAAUAUCAAUGGUAAAUCUGACUCUCUGGAGUUUGGAGGAGCUGGACAGAGGGCUUUGCCAGAUGGGGAAUCUCCUAUUGUGACUAGUUUAUCUGAUACACUUGAUGCAGCAUGGACAGGUGAAAGUCACCCGAUAAAUGUAUCACAGAAAGAAAAUGCUUGUCUACCACCUGAUGUAGCUGUGACAGUUCAUUCACCUGCGGCAAAUAUAGUUUCAGCAAAAUCAAAUCUUGAUAAUUAUACUGCUGAUAUAAGUGGGAUUGAGACUAGAUGGACUGGGAUACCUUUUGCAAACUUGUUUGGUUCAUUCAAUAAAACUUCAGCUUUCAAUGCACAGAAGCUUGUCGAAUACAACUCAGUCCACAUUUUCUCAUUUCGAGAGUUGGAGCGCCAGACUGGUGCUAGACUGCUUCUUCCUGUUGGUAUUAAUGAUACCAUUGUGCCUGUCUAUGACGAUGAACCCACUAGUGUUAUAGCAUACGGGCUUGUGUCAAUAGAUUAUCAUAUCCAGAUGUCGGAAUCUGAUAGACCUAAAGAUAGUGGAGACAGUUCAGUUUCAUUGCCACUCUUUGAUUCAACAAGUCUCCUUUCUCUUAACUCUUUUGAUGAGACACUUACUAAUACGUACAGAAGUCUUGGCUCUUCUGAUGAGAGCAUGUUAUCCACUUCUGGGUCACGGAGUUUGCUGGUUGGGGAUCCACUCUUAUACACAAAGGAUUUGCAUGCAAGGGUUUCUUUUACUGAUGAAAGCUCCCUUGGAAAGGUGAAAUAUACUGUAACUUGCUACUAUGCAAAGAGAUUCGAGGCUCUAAGAAGAACCUGUUGCCCUUCUGAGAUAGAUUUUGUUCGGUCCCUUAGUCGUUGCAAGAAGUGGGGGGCGCAGGGAGGAAAGAGCAAUGUUUUCUUUGCUAAAACCCUGGAUGAUAGAUUUAUUAUCAAGCAGGUUACAAAGACAGAGCUUGAGUCAUUUAUCAAGUUUGCACCAGCUUAUUUUAAGUAUUUAUCUGAGUCAAUCAGUACAGGAAGCCCAACUUGUCUAGCAAAGAUCUUGGGCAUUUAUCAGGUAACAUCAAAGCACCUUAAAGGAGGGAAGGAAACAAAAAUGGAUGUUUUGGUCAUGGAAAAUCUUCUUUAUAGGCGUAACAUUAGACGGCUUUAUGAUCUCAAAGGUUCUUCUCGAUCACGAUACAAUCCAGAUACUAGUGGGAGCAAUAAAGUUCUACUGGAUCAGAAUCUCAUUGAAGCUAUGCCAACCUCUCCAAUAUUUGUUGGGAGCAAGGCAAAACGGUUGCUCGAGAGAGCUGUGUGGAAUGAUACUGCAUUCCUUGCAUCAAUAGAUGUGAUGGACUAUUCAUUGCUGGUUGGUGUGGAUGAGGAAAAACAUGAGCUGGUUUUAGGCAUCAUUGAUUUUAUGAGGCAAUAUACAUGGGAUAAACAACUUGAAACUUGGGUGAAGACUUCAGGCAUACUUGGUGGACCUAAGAAUACUUCUCCAACAGUUAUAUCACCUCAGCAGUACAAGAAACGGUUCAGGAAAGCCAUGAGUUUAUAUUUUCUUAUGGUGCCAGAUCAAUGGUCUCCUCCAGACCUGCACCCCAGUGGGUCCCAAUCUGACCUUUAUGAUGAAAAUUCAUGAGAUGAUUGAUAUGCUCAAAUUUUGAAGAUUCCAGCUUCCCUUGACACGGUUUCUCAUCCCAUGUCUUUGCUCUCUCUCUCUCUCCCCUCCUUUCCUUAUAUUGUAUUGUGCAUUGUAUUAUCUCAUAAAUGUAGCUGUUCAUUUGUGUAUCUUAAAAGUAAUAUCGUAGCCAGAGAUUGUUGAAAGGGUAUGCCGGAUCAUGUCCAGCAGGGGUAACUGUACAGUGAAUUGGUAUUUCCCCCCCUCAAUUUGUAUAUCAUGUUUUUCAUCUCGCUUUUACUAUUUCUUGUUUUCAAAAUCAUAACCUUUUGGAGCCUUUUGGCAUUACCUAGCUU